GAUCUGAGCUCCACCUCCUCAGAGAAGACCAAACCGAAAGCAGCUCACCUGGACAGGUAGAGGAACAGCAGCAGGUCGGCGUCUGAGCCCGAGAGAGGAUUUCACACAUCAGCGCUGUGAACUCAACACGGCUGACACAAACACCCUGCUCAGAAGAUCCACGAUGGAACCUCCUACAUUCAGCACUGAGAGAGAACCCAGCAGUGUGUCUAUGGAGAGUGACCAGUCCAUGGGGCAUCCUCCUGAAUUCAGAGGAGGAACGAGAGAACCCAGCAGUGUGUCUCUGAAGAGUGACCGGUCCAUGGGGUAUCCUCCUGAAUUCAGAGGAGGAACAAGAGAACCCAGCAGUGUGUCUCUGAAGAGUGACCGGUCCAUGGGGUAUCCUCCUGAAUUCAGAGGAGGAACGAGAGAACCCAGCAGUGUGUCUCUGAAGAGUGACCGGUCCAUGGGGUAUCCUCCUGAAUUCAGAGGAGGAACAAGAGAACCCAGCAGUGUGUCUCUGAAGAGUGACCGGUCCAUGGGGUAUCCUCCUGAAUUCAGAGGAGGAACAAGAGAACCCAGCAGUGUGUCUCUGAAGAGUGACCGGUCCAUGGGGUAUCCUCCUGAAUUCAGAGGAGGAACAAGAGAACCCAGCAGUGUGUCUCUGAAGAGUGACCGGUCCAUGGGGUAUCCUCCUGAAUUCAGAGGAGGAACAAGAGAACCCAGCAGUGUGUCUCUGAAGAGUGACCGGUCCAUGGGGUAUCCUCCUGAAUUCAGAGGAGGAACAAGAGAACCCAGCAGUGUGUCUCUGAAGAGUGACCGGUCCAUGGGGUAUCCUCCUGAAUUCAGAGGAGGAACAAGAGAACCCAGCUGUGUGUCUCUGAAGAGUGACCAGUCCAUGGGGAAUCCUCCUGAAUACAGAGGAGUAGAAAGAGAACCCAGCAGUGUGUCUCUGAAGAGUGACCGGUCCAUGGAUCAGCCUCCUGAAUCCAGAGGAGGAGAAAGUGGACCAAGCCGUCUGAGUACGUUACGCCCUCCAUGUCUCAGCAGUGAUCCCGUGUCCUCUGACCCAGAGCUGAACUCCACAGAAACAGCACUGCAGAUAAACUCUCUGGUGGAGGAAACUGAAGACCUUCAUCUGGAUUCUUAUCAACCAGUGAACGAUGUCCUGAGCAGAGUCUUAAAGACACACAAAACCAGCAUGAAGAACAAGUACGAGAGCUUAUUUGAGGGAAUCAGAACAGAAGAGAAUAAAACCCUCCUGAACAGGAUUUACACACAGCUCUACAUCAUAGAGGGAGAGAGUGAAGGAGUGAAUGAGGAACAUGAGGUUCUACAGAUGGAGAAAACAACCAGGAAACACCUACAAGACAUUCCAAUCAACUGCUUAGACAUCUUUAAAGAAGUAACAGAAAAGGGAAACAUUAGAGCUACAACAGCUAAACAUGUCAGACAAAAAGAAAGAAAAGAGGGUGAAGAACCAAAACAGCGAAAGAUCAAAGCAGUUCUGACUAAAGGAAUCGCUGGAAUUGGAAAAACUGUCUCAGUGCAGAAGUUCAUUCUGGACUGGGCUGAAGGAAAAGCCAAUCAGGAUGUAGAUGUCAUGAUUGUGCUUCCGUUCCGGGAGCUGAACCUGAUUAAAGAUGAUCAAUACAGUCUACAUGGACUUCUGUGUGGUUUCCAUCCUGAGCUCAAAGAUCUGGACCCAGAGGUUUACGAUCAGAUCAAAGCUGUGUUUAUAUUUGAUGGUCUGGAUGAAAGUAGAAUACCACUCUACUUUGAACAGUGUGAGAAAGUAUCUGACAUCACCAUGACAUCAUCAGUGGGUGUGUUGAUGACAAACCUCAUCAAAGGAGAGCUGCUUCCCUCUGCUCUGAUCUGGAUCACCUCCAGACCAGCAGCAGCCAAUCAGAUCUCUCCUAAAUACAUCAGCCGUGUGACAGAGAUUCAGGGAUUCAGUGACCCACAGAAGGAGGAGUACUUCAAGAAGAGGAUCAGUGAUGAAGACCAAGCCAAGAGAAUCAUCUCCCACAUUAAGACAGCGAGGAGCCUCCACAUCAUGUGCCACAUUCCAGUCUUCUGCUGGAUCUCAGCUACUGUUCUUCAGAGAAUCAUGAAGCAGCGUCAUACAGAAAUCCCUAAAACUCUGACUGAAAUGUACUCACACUUCCUGCUCACUCAGACCAGCAUGAAGAACGAGAAGUAUGAGGAGAAAAAGAGCAGAAACCCAAAGAAGCUGCUGGAGACCAACAGAAUCAUGAUUCUGAAACUGGCUGAACUGGCUUUCAAUCAGCUGAUGAAGGGCAAUGUGAUGUUCUAUGAAGAGGAUCUGAGAGAGAACGGCAUUGAUGUCAUUGACGCCUCAGUGUAUUCUGGGAUUUUCACUGAGAUCUUUAGGGAGGAAUGUGUGCUUUUCCAGAGGAAGGUCUACAGCUUUGUUCAUCUGAGCUUUCAGGAGUUCCUGGCUGCUGUUUAUGUGAUUCACUGCAAUGAGUGCAAAAUCAUGGAGCCCCUGCAGUGUUUUAAUUCAAGUAAUAAAGUGAUGUCUGAGAAUAAGUUACAGUCUAAGAAAGGACUAAAGAGGUUUUUUAUACCACGAUACAGAGAGAGAUCUAAGAAUGAUCUGCUGGAUGAUCUGCUGGAAGGAGCAGUGGAUAAAGCCUUAAAGAGUCAGAAUGGACACCUGGACCUUUUCCUCCGUUUCUUGCUGGGAAUCUCACUGGAGUCUAAUCAGAGACUCCUACAGGGUCUACUGACACACAUACAGAGACCACCAGAGAGAAUUAAAGAGCACAUUAAGUUCAUAAUAACAGAUACAGAAAGACGACAUGACAUCUCAGCUGAGAGAUCCAUUAAUCUGUUGUUCUGUCUGUCUGAAAUGAAUGACCAGACUCUCUUCAGACAGAUUGAGGAGUAUCUAAAAUCAGAGAAACACUCAGGUGAAGAUCUUUCUCCUGCACAGUGUUCAGCACUAGCCUACAUGAUCCUGAACUCUGAGGAGGUUCUGGAUGAGCUGGACCUGAAGAAAUACAGGACGUCUGUGGAGGGUUAUAGGAGACUGAUCCCAGCUGUGACCGCCUGCAGAAAAGCCCAGCUUGCUGGCUGUGAACUCAGCAGGGACUCCUUUGAAACCAUCUGUUCUGCUCUGCAAUCAGCAAACUGCCCUCUCAAAGAUCUGGACCUCAGUAGAAAUGACCUGCAGGAUUCAGGAGUGGAGCUGCUCUCUGCUGGACUGAAGAGUUCACACUGCAAAAUGGAGACACUCAGAUUCGCUUCCUGUAAUCUUUGCGGUGAAGCUUGUGAAAUUUUCAGCUCUGUUCUGCAAUCAAACUCCUCUCUGAAAGAGCUGGACCUCAGUAGCAAUGACCUCCAGGACUCUGGAGUUAAGCUGCUCUCAGUGGGAUUGACGAGUUCACACUGUAAACUGGAAAUACUGAGAUUGUCUGGUUGUAUGGUGACAGAUGACGCUUGUUCUUCUCUGGCUUCAGCUCUGAUAUCAAACCCGUCCCAUCUGAGAGAACUGGAUCUGACCUAUAAUCACCCAGGAGAGUCUGGAGUGAAGCUGCUCUCUGAUCUACUGAAGGAUCCACACUGUGCACUGGAGAAACUACAGGUGGAUCAUGGAGGGAAGAUCAGGAUGAAACCAGGACUGAAGAAAUAUGCUGUUGGUCUCACUCUGGAUCCAAACACAGUGAACAGGCGUCUCUCUCUGUCUGAGGGGAACAGAAAGGUGGAGCGGGUGGAUGAAGAUCAGCCGUAUCCAGAUCAUCCAGACAGAUUUGAUCGCUGGCCGCAGGUUCUGAGUGUGGAGAGUCUGACUGGACGCUGUUACUGGGAGGUUCAGUGGAGCGGAGAUGGAGCUGAAAUAUCAGUGUCAUACAGAGGAAUCAGGAGGAAAGGAGGCGGUGACUGUGAGUUUGGACGGAAUAAUCAGUCCUGGAGUCUGAACUGCUCUGAGAACAGUUACACUGUCUGGCACAAUGAUCAGAGAACUGACCUGCCUGCCCCCCCCUCCAACAGAGUGGGAGUGUAUCUGGACUGGGGGUCCGGCGCUCUGUCCUUCUACACCAUCUCCCCUGACACACACACACUGACCCACCUACACACACUCACCACCACAUUCACUGAGCCGCUCUACACUGGACUCUAUAUUUAUCCUCAUUCCUCAGUGAGUCUGUGUGAGACAGAAUAACCUCCACAGAGAGAGAGACAGAGAGAGAGAGAGACAGAGAGAGAGAGAGAGACAGAGAGACAGAGAGAGAGAGAGAGACAGAGAGAGAG